GAGGCAGUUUCGGUCCCGCCGAGGCACUCAGCCAGACAAGAAGGUGCAAGAACAUUAAUCGGGGCCGUAGGUGGUUCCCUCGAUGCUUACGUUACGCCUCGUGUCGACGCACUUCUUGAAGCAACCAUAGGGAGAUAUCCGCCGCCUCGGAAGCAAAAUAAUUAUACUCGGAAGCUGGGCUCCCGAUUGUUGUUCAAACCAAGGGCGAGCAUAGUUCUCGGCCCAAAAGCCAUUUGCCGGGGCAAUACGGCACUGAGACUGAAUAAUCUAUACUUCAAUCUGUGGAGGGCUGCUAGAGAGUGCAUUUGCGGCAGUGGGUCGCGAGGAAGACGGACUGGGAUGAGACGCCCGCAGCAAGAAUCUCUCCAAGAGGAUCAUCACCACCACCGCCAUCAUCAUCAUCCUCUUUGCCAAGGCACUCUGCCGUCAUGUUCAAUAGAGCCAAGGCGUAAUGAAAAGGAGGAAUCAAGACUUGCGAGAGUUAAGCGUGCGCUGACAGGAUCACUGCUAGGACGUGCUGGUAAUGGAAAUUGCAAUAGAGUUUUCGGAGCGCGGCUGGAGCUGGUCGAGUCCUACUUGGACACAGGAGUGCCCUACGUUGUCCAUCGGCUGUGCAAUUACAUAGAGAAACACGGGUUCCAGCAUGCGACUCUGUUUCGGCUCUCUGGAGGCAGUCCGCGACUCACGGAAAGGCUCAGAGCGACGUUCGAAAGGAAAGGCGACGCGGAUCUUGAAUCUGCUGCUUGUCCUUCAACAGCUGCUACACUGCUGAGACAGUACCUGAAAGAGUUACCACAACCGCUUGUUCCGUCUUCACUAGUCUCAAGACUUUUACACGUUCACUCACAAGAGUAUGAACAUCACCGCGAAGAGUGGGUCGAAAGAACGCAGCAGCUUUUACGCUGCUUGCCUCCUUCACACUAUCGUCUUCUGGGUUAUUUGGUCCACCAUCUCAGCAACUAUGAAGCCCGACAUGGCAGAAGUUCCGGAGUUUGCGGUGUAUUUGCACCUGUGGUACUUCCUCACGUUCCACCGGCUACGACUCUUCUCCGAGAUAUUAUCACAGAGGCUUCUAACGCUAGGGAUUCGUCAGCUUAUCCAUCGGUGAUACCAAACGACUGCGAAGUCUGCUGUAACAAACCAAAGGACCAGCAGAAUAACUCAACGAGUAACAGUGAAGAGCAAAUUUUAGAAAGUCCUCCGAAUGGUAUAGAAUCAAUUCGCAGAGUGAGCAGCCACGAAGAUUUCAACAGCGAUAAACAUUUGCAUAUUAUUUAUCCCGAUCAAGACAUGGGACAUGGAGUGAGAUGUACGGGGUUGCCUUUGCAUGAAAGAACGAAUGUUUCGCCGGUAUCAACAAAGCCAUCACCGUCGCCGGCGCCCUGUGACAUUUUACUCAGCGCUGACCAGCUUGAGUGCGAUGUAGAGCGUGUACGCAGUACCGAGAGGUUUAGUAGAAGCAUUACGCCUCGUGGGAGGCGGGUAACAAGACGUAAAAAAACUCACAAGGGUCUUGAAAUUGAUCUUAACUCCAGUAAGGAAAAUGAAAAUGAAAAUGAAGAACAAGAGUCAAAUUUGUACAUCAAUAUUCCGGAUUCAAAUCGUCGCAAUCAAGGCACCGGGCAAAGUUUUCUAGAAAUGUUGAGCAGUGGACCAAGCAGAUCGCCAUCGCCGGCUCGUCCUCAGGAGGGCGACAUCAACAAUGUUGAAGCGAUGCUGUCACCAAGAAAUUCUUUAUUGUUACCUCGUAGAUUUUACACAGAAAACGACGUGCCACCCAGUGUUCCAGGCCCCGCAGAGCUCGGGCUCAAGACUCUAACGAAACACAUUAACGGAUUAAAGAAAAAAAUAAAAAAGUACGAGGACGAAUUUGAGGAAAAUUUUGGAUAUCGUCCAAGCCACUCAGACAAGAUGAGCAAUCGGGACAUCAAGAGACUUUGCUCAGAACUUAACAAGUUACGAAAAGAGCAUAAAAUGCUGAAGGAAGAUCCAAUAGGAAUGCUACGAGCUGCUGCUAACCGAAACAAGGCUCUUGAUAAUGCGACUCAGGUUAACAAUAAUAAUAACAACAACAACAACAACAACAACAACAACAACAACCCGGAGAAAUCUCGCGCUACGUUGAUGGAAGAAAUGCUCAAGGAUCUUGAGAGGAAGCUCGCCGAGAAGAGACUGAAACACGCGCGAGCUGAAAAUUUGGAGGAGAUGAAUUACGAGCAAUUGCUUGAGGAGAAAACAGCGGUGCAAAAAGCGUUGCUACACAUCGAAGAUGCGUUUGGCAGACCUGUUUCCAAGGAAGACCGCGCGGUGGUCCGAGUGCUGUACGACCGGUACCGCGCAUUGAAAAGAUUGCUAAUUAGAGCGGGGAUCACCAAGAACAAGGACAGUAUAUCGGAGUUAGCAACAAUCCUGGAGCACGAAGCCAUGGAUUUCACAUCCUCAUCGCUUCCGGGAAAUGCUGGAGACGGAGACAGACGAGCUAGUGAGCCUGACAUGUCACACCGUGGGAUUCUAGACUGUAUCGAUGCACCCGAGCCGCUGCCUACUGACAGCGAUAGCCAGCACAGCAGUAGCGAAGGUAGCCGCAACGGACCUGCUGAAAGUCUCCACGCUCUUCCUCAGGAAGAUCUUCUUGCCCAGCAACGAGUCAUGAGGGAAGAAAAAAAGUGUCUCAGGCGAGCUUUGAAGGAAUUGGAGGCCCAGUUCGAGGCGAGAGCGGGCCGAAAAAUGCAACGAGAAGAUCGAGGACCUCAUGUUACCACCGUCUACGAGUCUUACAAACAAACAAAAGCUAAAUUAAGACUUAUAGAUGCUCUUUGGGCGAGUUUUAUAUGGAAACGUGCU